UCCAGUUCAAAUUCCGAAGCGCCAUGAAAUUCGACUCCGUCGACCUCGAAGGUCGGUCCUCAAUCUCCGUCCGCGAUCUCAAAGCCAAAAUCAUCCGCCACAAAAACCUCAACCUCUGUCAAGAUUCCGAUCUCCUCUUCUCCGACGCCGUGACCGGUCAAGAGUAUAGUAACGAGAACAUUCAAAUUCCAUGCGGCUCGUCCGUGAUUAUCAAGAGAGUUCCUGCUGGAUCUGUUCAUGUGGAUAUGCCUCAAUUCAACUGCAAGGACACUGAGAAUCCGCCGAAUAUUGAGACGGUUGACUUUGAUGACUUUGGGGUUGACGUGUAUCCUGUUCCCGAGGCAACGUUCUUCCGUUCUGGUUUGGAUGCCGACAAGGAUGCCUGCAGUCCGGGUUAUGAAGCAAAUACUGGCAUCACACGAUGUUUGGAGCCAGCGGCAGGAGAAUUUCAGAAACUUGAAGCAAGUGGGACUAGUGAUGCUAUUCCAGGAAGUCAUUUGCAUGGUGGAGUUGAACAUACUAUACCACAGACAAAGUCAAAGCCUGAGGUUCAAAAAGACUUUAAUCCGGAAAAGAUGAGUCGCAAUCCUGUAGAUACAAAAAAUGCUGACAUGCCAUCAGAGAUGAAAUGCCCCCUAUGCAACUCGUUGUUCAAGGAGGCUGUGAUGAUACCCUGCUGCCAGCACAGUUUUUGUGAGAAAUGCAUUCGCCAAGUGUUGCUUGAGAAGGCAAGAUGUCCGAAGUGUUUUUCAACCAAGUGCAGAAUUGAAGAUCUGCUACCAAAUAUAUCUCUUAGGCAAGCAAUAGAGCAUUUUCAAGAGUCUCAAAAUAUCAUCACUGUUCCAGAUAAUGGUUUUUGCCAAUAUGCUCCAGAUGGAGAAUCGGGGAUUCAGGCAAAAGAUGUCUCUUAUGGUGGUAGUAUUUUUCAAAGGGAGUCAGGGUUACCUCACUCUCCUGACACUGGGAUAGGAUCUAAUAAUUGCUUAGCAGAAUCUAAUGAUGCACCGUAUCAAUUUGGUCCGAGAAACAAGCAUAAAUUUCCUUCUUUGCACAAGAACAAUCAAAUUGAUGGAGAGAGAUAUGGUUCUACUCAUGUGGCUCCAUAUGGUUCGGCAGCAUUUGAUGAUUUUCAAGGGGAAAGCAAGCCUAUACCUGAGAAAGCUGAACCUGUAAUCAAGAAAAAGAGGCCACCUUGGGUUUUUACUGCAGGUGGUGGAAAAAGUUUUAUGGAGAGUGGGAGGAACGGAAAGGGGGAUCGGGCUUGUUAUAUGUGUGGCUCCCCUGACCAUUUAAUAAGAGAAUGUCCAGUUGCUACCAGUCCACGCCCUUUGCUUCAUACAGGAAAUGCAAUCUUUCCAGGAGCUAUGCCAGGUUAUGCACCACCUUACUGGAAUGGGGCUGCAUUGCCUCGUGCCCCGCCCUUUAGGAAUCUAUAUGGAAAUUAUGGGAUGACAGCUUUUGAUAACAUGCCGAUCCAUCCCACUCCUUUUUCUGUUUAUCCAUACAUGCACAUGACAUCCAUGUAUAGAGGGAUUCCAGGCUUUGGUGGAUAUAUGGGGAUGGGAGGUGUAGCCCCUUUUCCCGAAAAUGGUGAAAACUGUUAUACAAGUCGGUCAGAGUUUCCAGAUCUUGAAGGUCAACAAAAGAGGAGAAAACUUUCGAAGGAGAAAUUUAGGAGAGAUCAAUCUUGUGAUGACGAUGAAGACUGGGGGAGGCAACAAUAUAAUGGGACUGCAAGAUUGCAAGAGCAUAAAUCUUUUGUUAACAGGGAAAAGAGUGUAAGCUACUCCAGUGACGGCUCUACUAAAAGGUCCCAGAGACAAGACCGCCAUCAUAAUGAGAUAGAUGAUGCCAACAUACAUUUGGUUGAUGGUCAUCAAAAGAGUUCUGGUUUGGUGGUUGGUCAUAGGGAGGGGAAACUGUAUGAUCGCAGGGAGAAAUCAAGUUCUGAAAUAGAUGAUAUGCCAAGUAGCUCCAGUUGGCACAGUGAAGAGAAACACAAACAUUAUCAUAGAAGUUCAAGAAAGAAAAAUGAAACAAGGGAGCAGUGUGACAGUGAUAAACACAAACACUAUCAUAAAAGCUCCAGAUAUCAAAAGGAAAGAAGAGAGCAGUGUAAUAGUGAUUCUAGUUGGAGUCAUCAUCAAAAUAUCAGUGAGAAGGAUGAUAAGAUAAAGAGAACUCAGCAUGAUUUCAAAAGACAGAAACAUCACAGUAACACUGGAUCUGGUUUAGGACACAGUGUUUCCAGUGAUAAGAAGAAAGGGAGCAGUCGUGAUUUUAGAAAGUCUGAGCACAGUGCAAAGUCUAGUGUUAAUGAGGGGAGUCAUGACAGGUGGAAAAUGGUUAGUGGGUCAGAUGAAGAUCACACAGAAGAUUAUCGGUAUUGUAAACGGAAAAGGGUAAAAUGAUAGAAUCAGCAAGGCUGAUUUGUGAGGUAAUUGUGUAGAUGAAGCUACGUGUCUCAACGUUGAUGUGCAGUCUGGUACUUUUGAUUUCAGUUAGAUAUUUUGUAUUAGGUUCAAGUAUUAGCUAAUAUGUUAGUAAACAGUAUAAACUAUCAGUAUUUGUUCUUUUUUCCUUGAAAAGCAUCUACCUAUACAAAGUAAUAAAUCUAGUGCAGUCAUUGUGGACC